GCUAGAAGUCUCGAACAGCCACCAGCUGUGUUUGAUCUGAGACAUACUGGUCUUCUACUGUAAGAAUCUGCAUUACGGUAGCUCCCUUUUGCCUUUUGCUACACUGCUAGCCGGGCAGCAGCACCAAGUCUAAAGCCGUUUGAAACCCCGAUCUCCUCGUAUGCUGAGAGCCGUUAUUGGUAGUCAUGAUCUAUAGUGCCUACACCUAGCAGGUACUGGUCUUACCUUCGAACCUACUCUUCCUCUCUCGGUCCUCGUCCUUCACCAAGACCUCAUCAUGUCAGAAGAAGAGCAGACUCGCACGGGGGCAUGCUUAUGCAAGAAGAUUACUUUCGAAGUCAAGGGGACAGAGCUAAAUUUCACUAUCUGCCAUUGUACCAACUGUCGGAGAAAUUGCGGAGCCACAUACACAGCAAAUGCCUGGUUUCCUGACGCGCACUUCAAAUGGACAUCUGGAGGAGAACUGCUCAAACAGUACAGUGACCGAGAGACAGAGACCGGUGAGGCCGUGUACCGCUCCUUCUGCACCAACUGCGGCUCACCGAUGUUGACAAAGUCUCCUCGCAUGCCUGGCAUCACGAUCAUACCCAGCGGCGUCUUCGAUGGGAAUCAUGAGUGGAAGCCAAGCUACGAGCAGUGGAGGCGCAGCAAAGUCUGCUUCGUCGAUGAUAUAUGGGCUGUGGAGAAUGUGGGGCGCUAUGGCGAUCAUCCAGAUCUGAAAGAGUUCGAGGGCAUCUGGAGCAGGAGUGGUACCAGGCCAGCUCAAGAGUUUGUUGAUCGCUAGAAUGUGCAAAAAACAUUCAUCAUGCCUGUUCGACGAAGAAAUAUUGUAGCCUGCAGAAGGUCUAUCAUGCUACAAAGUGCUCGCAGAAAAAUGCUGACUAGCUCCCAUGUUCCCGGGAAUCGAGAGCCUGGCGCCUAACUCUCUUUAAUCCUGAGUGACUUGCUCUAUAUCUAGAGCUUUGCGCUCUUCACAAUCAAGGCGUGUGACUGUGUCAUCACAUCAGUGGCGUCCCGCUCCAUCGUCUUCACCAGCUCCUCGCAUGUGGGAAUGUCGUGAAUAAGACCUGCGCACAUCCCCAACGACCACACUCCCGCA